AGAAUUCUUCCUAGCGAGCUACAUAUUUCGAAGCAACAACCCUACUUUUCCAUCACUAUGGCAAACUCUUUCCGUUGGCUACCGGCACACCGUGUUCUCCCGAGCGUUCGAUAGCCCCGGAUCGGAGGAGGCUUGUCGUUCUCCUCCCGCGUGCGCCGCGGCCGCACACUCUAAGGGAGACGCGGAAAGCAACCGGCUCGACACUUUGCCAGACGCCGUCUUUCAGGACGGAUCGAGAGUAUCGAACGACAUCGUUGCUUACUUUUUUUUUUCCUCCUUCGUUUAAUUCCGCGUCGUCUCGUUUCUCGUCAUAAUCCAAAACCCUACCGCUGCCCACUCCCUCCUUCCAACACCACCACCACCACCACCACCAACCCAUCUUUUUUUUUUUUUUUUCUUCAAAAAUCACGAUCCCCCAUUUUCGAUCCAUCGUUAUCCAAGUGAAUACGCGCUCGUUAUUAAUCGUAUUAUAUACGAUUUUCUUUAUAUCCGGAGUUCGAAGAUCGAUAAAAUUUACGGGGAUUUCUUCUUUUUUUUUUUUUUCUUACUUCCCCCACCCGUCCUUUCAAAUCGCCAAAUCGAAAAUAUCGGUGAAAGAAAUUGUAUUUGAACGAUUCCGAUUGACGGAGAACAUGACAUUUGAUUGUAAUUUCGUUAAUCCCUUGGUCGUAUUUUUACGAUAAAGAAAAAAAAAACAAAAAAAAAAAAAAAAGAAACAAAAAAGAAAAAGGAAGAAAAAACAAGAAAAGAAAGGAAAGGAAAAAAAGAAAAGGGAUAGAAAAAAAAACGGCAAUACAGAUUAUUUAAGAUUAUAAACUUUGCAAAUAUCGUACGUGUCAAGGUUAAAAAAGGAUCAAUAACGGUCGGGAGAGAAGAGAAACCGGGUAACACACCGGGUUUCGUUCGAACCUGUCGAUCCUCCUACCGUGGAGAUUCGUACGACGGUUCUUGAUCCAUCUCGAUCGUCGCGAGUGACUCGAACGAGAUCUCUUUGAUCGUAUACGAAGAAGAGAAAAGUGCUCGACGUGAAUUUUUGUGACUGACAAUAAGAAUCAAGUGCAUACAGACAAAUAAUUGAUACUAUCUUUUCUAUCUCUAUCUCUAUCUCUAUCUCUAUCUCUAUCUCUAUCUUUAUCUCUAUCUCUCUCUGUGUCUCUUUCUAUCUUUCUAUUUCUUUAUUUUGAUCGAAUCUUCUACAGUUGGAUAUAUUAAAAAGAGUGACAAGGAGGACGAGUUUGUAUAGUGUUUCUCAGCGAAAAAGUGCCGAUAACUUUCUCUCUCUCUCUCUCUCUCUCUCUCUCUUUCUCUCUCUUUUCCUUCCUCUUUCUCUUUCUCUCUUUCUAUCUUUCUCUUUCUCUCCCUAUCUCUACUCUUCUCUCUCAAACGGCAACGAGGUCGAGGGUUUCGUGAGUAUGAGAGAGGUGGCAAUUAUCGCCGUUUGCCUUCUGGGCUUCGUCACCGCCGGGAGUCCUAGAUUGCCCAGGACCUCCGCGGAUCAACGCAAUACUCGCAAUGCCAGUGUCAACGUUAACAAUGUCACCGGGAACUCUCUGUCACCACCCUCUCGCGGUUCCCAAAGGAACAGGGAACAGUAUCUCUUCAACGUCUUUGAGGUCAUCGUCUCGACCCUUGAAUCAAAGCUACAACGAAUCGAGAAUCUUGAUAAAGCUGUUGAACAUCUGAUGAGGCGAGUCGAAGCCUUGGAUUCGAGGGUCAACGACAACAUUGACAAAACAGACGCUGUCAUCGCUAAACUCAGGACAUUGGAUUUGAAACUGUUCAAUGCACAUCCUCCGAUAUCGCAGGAACAAAUCCAUGCGAGAUCGGCUGAUAAUAGGAGGGAGGAUAACGAGGCUGAAAGUGUUCCGAUAAUACGAUUGAUCCAUCAUGACAAUGACGAAAGAUCGCCAGAAUCUCUCGGUGAGAAAUUGAUUUCUCUUGAUCAGAAGGUCUCCGAUAUCGAUCACAAGCUUGUUAAUCUAAAGAAUCAACUCGACAAUAAUUUCUUACAAAACGACGACAUAAAUGCCGAGGCAAGCGAAAAGAAGCCUGUCAGUAUGAGCGUCGUUGAGAUCACGAAGGCGAUGAGCAACGAGGUUAUGAAUCACGUGUCGAUCGAGAUCGAGAAUCUUAGACAAGCCACCGGUGCGUUGGAUCGUAAACUUCAAUUUCAUAUCAACCUGGUCUCGGACAAUUUAGGAGCUAUAUACAAUCUGAUGACUGACGUACACGACGCGGUCGUUGACAAAGCUAUUGUUAAUGAUCACAGAAAUUCGACUACGACUCCUCAGCCACCACCAAAACAGAGCAAGUUCGAUCGUUUGGUCGAAAGAAUGCAUCCCAUGUUAACUGUUUCCGAAAAAAUGGACGAAGUUUGGAACGUCGUGGUCGGCACGAAAAAUUCGGUGGACGAUCUACUUCCAAAAUCCGACGAGUUGCUUACUCAAACGCAAAGGCAGGAGAGAGCGAUCAAUGAGAUUCACGCUGAUCUUAGAACGAAGACGAAUAAGAUAAUAGAAAAUUUGGAAGGCGUCGAGAGUAGGCUUAAGAAACAAGAGGAUGACGUGGCUACGUUGGCACAACGACAAAUACCCGCAGAAUUAUUGUUGGAUCCAACGAUAGAUCGGCUUGUCGAAUAUGAUCCAGGAAGAUAUGUUAACCUGCAGAACGAAAACUUCGUUACGGAAAUCUCAUCCUCGUCGUCUAUGACUGCAACAACGAUUCCACCGUCUAUUCAAACGUCAACUUCGACCUCUUCGACGUUCCUCACAUAUACCACGUCUUAUCCGUCAAGUAAUGGAUCAUUGGCAACAACCCCCAUGACCCCAACUUCUGCUGGACCACAAAGAUCAACGACUAGGAAUCGUGGUGUUAUAUUCCCGAGUGUUAAAAAUAAACCAAGUCCUGCUAACACAACCUUCACCAGUGACAUCUUAAUCAAUUACAAAGAUAUCAAGGGUUUCUCGUGCGUGGACUUGCUAAAUGCAGGUAUGAGAGACAACGGUGUCUAUUAUCUUCAAAUACGAGGUACUACAUAUUGGUUCCUCAAGGUCUACUGUGAGCAGGAAAUUGCCGAUGGUGGUUGGACGGUAAUACAAAGAAGAGACGACUUUGGUGAACCUAGAGAAAACUUUAACAGAGAUUGGGCCGAUUACAAAAAUGGUUUUGGUAAUCCGGCUCGAGAAUUUUGGUUAGGAAAUGAGAAUAUCUAUAUGUUAACCAAUAACGAGGAUUACAUGCUCCGAGUUGAAUUGGAAGAUUUCGAAGGGAAUAAAAGAUACGCACAAUAUAUGCACUUUAAAAUAUAUUCCGAGGGUGAAUAUUACAAAUUGGAAAUCGAUGGGUACGAAGGUACUGCUGGUGAUUCUUUGAAUGAUCCAUGGUAUGGAUCUAACAAUAGUCCAUUCUCGACUUAUAAUAGAGACAACGAUAGAUCUUCGUUGAAUUGUGCGUCAAUGCUAAAGGGUGGUUGGUGGUGGAAAUCUUGUGGACGUGGAUUAAAUGGACUUUAUCUUAACGAUCCUCAAGAUUUAUCGGCUCGACAAGGAAUCGUAUGGUUCCGUUGGAGAGGAUGGGAUUACACGUUAAAAAGGGCGACCAUGAUGAUAAAACCUAAAGGACCAACGGCGUUCACCUAAACGAACGUUUUACGAAUUUUUCCCUCUAUUUUUUCUUUUUUCUUUCUUUCUUUCUUUCUUCCUUUUUUUCAUUUGUUUUUUUUUUCCUUUUCUUUCCUCCUUUUUUUCUUUCUUUUCAUUCCCAGACAAGACGCAGUGUACGACGUGAAACGCGUAGACUUAACGUGAAAACGUAAACGAAAAUGUAAACGUAAGAAUGACAAAGAAAAGAAGAGAAAUGAAAAGAAAAGAAAAGAAAAAAGAAAAAAAGGAAAAAAAAAGAAAAGAAUGAAAGAGAAGAUUAUUAUUUUAUACGACGCAGACGAUUAAUCAUCUAAUCAAUUAAUUUACAAUAUAUUUAAACAUCGUUGUCUUCGAUUGUUCGCGAACCACCGAUUUUUAACUUAAGUUGAAACAGAAAAGAAAAAAAAAAAGAAAAAAAAAAGAAAAAAAAAGGAAAAGAAUAAUUCAUCGUCGUUGUCUCUUUAUGUCGUCAUUGAAAAACUCAAAAGAAAAGAAAUCCGACGUUUAGCGUAGAAUAUUAUAAAUUAUUAUACGAUGCGUUACGUUUUACGUUUCUGUU